GCUGCCUCAGUUAUUUUGAAGCUAGAAAAUGAUGAAACUUUUGGUCUGUGUCCUGCUGCUAGGAUCCUGUGCGGCGAAUCACCUCCUAUCCGAUGUGGAGCCCUAUAUUACCAAUGGAGAGCUGGCGGAGGUGGGGCAGUUUCCCUACCAGGCCGGCCUGAACGUCUCCUUCGGGAACUGGAGCACCUGGUGCGGCGGCACCUUGGUUUCGCAUUACUGGAUAAUCACUGCCGCACACUGCAUGGAUGGGGCGGAGUCCGUAACUGUCUAUUUGGGGGCCAUAAAUAUUCACGAUGAGUCCGAGGAGGGUCAGCAGAGGAUCGAGGUGCAGAAGUCGGGCAUUAUAGUGCACUCGAACUUUAUAGCCAGCACGGUGGUCAACGACAUCUCGCUCAUUCGAUUGCCCACCUUUGUGCGCUUCACUGAUCGCAUCCGGGCCGCCACUUUGCCGCGUCGCUUAAACGGCCAGUUUCCAACGUACGAGUCCGUCCGGGCCUUCGCCUCCGGCUGGGGACGGGAAAGCGAUGCCUCCGAGACGGUCUCCCCCGUGCUGAGAUAUGUGGAGAUGCCCAUAAUGCCCCACGCCCUGUGCCGCAUGUACUGGAGUGGAGCUGUGUCUGAGAAGAUGAUCUGCAUGAGUACCACCAGCGGCAAGUCCACCUGCCACGGCGACUCCGGCGGUCCGCUGGUCUACAAGCAGGGCAACUCCAGCUACCUGAUCGGAUCCACCUCUUUUGGAACUUCCAUGGGCUGUCAAGUGGGCUUUCCGGCCGUGUUCACCCGCAUCAGCAGCUACUUGGACUGGAUCCUUAACCACAUCAUCGUUCAUCCUAAAGAAUAAGCUGUAGACUGAACUGUUAUCCGUAAGAGACAGAGAUUCACAUAGAUCGCAAUGAUUCAAAGCAACUUAAGAGUGGUAAAAUAUACUAUGACAUCAUUAAA